AUGGCAUCACAAACAUCAACCAAACGCCUACUAAAAGAAUACACCGCAAUCCAACGCGAGCUAGGCCAAUCUCCCACCUCCCCCUCUCGCUCACCCUCCGCAAACCCCUUCCUUCUCGAACUGAGACCGUACGACCUUGACGCGGAAGACCUCACAGAAUGGACCGCUCUUCUCUCCGCUCCACCUCAAUCACCUUAUUACCCGGGACUCUUUUACCUCAGUAUAAACAUUCCACCAUCCUACCCUACCAAACCACCAGUGAUUAAGUUCAAGACAAAGAUAUUUCAUCCGAAUGUUAGCUGGAAAGAUGGAGACAUAUGUCUAGACAUUCUAGCCGCUCAAUGGUCUCCUGCUUGGGGGCUAAGCUCUUGUUGUACAGCAGUGCUGGCAUUGUUGGAUGCUCCAGAACCGGAUUCACCGUUAAAUGUGGACGCAGCAACGUUGUAUAGAACGGGAGAUAGGAGGGCUUGGGAGAGUAUGUGUCGGAUGUAUACUUUGUUAUAUGCUCAGAGUUCAGCAUAG